AUGGUUGACAAACCUCUUCUUUUUAAUUGUUCUAAAUGUAAAGAUUACGUAUUUGAAGCAUUACAUUUUCACUUACUUAAGUCAGAAGAACUUAUCACCAUUCCACAUAACUUUCGGACAAAACCGAGGCAGAAUGGUCAUUCUAAUAAAGUUAUUUUAGUGAUUGGUGGAAGAGGGUACAAUGGCCAAAUAUUUGAUUGUGCAGAAUGGUAUGACUCAAAAAUCAAUCAAUGGCAGUUUGGACCGAAAAUGAUUACACCAUGUUACGCUGGUGGUCUAACUGUAGUAAAUGAUAAUGUUCCAUUAUAUUUGGGUGGUACAAAUUUUGAAUCAAUUUUUCAAUCUGCUUAUGGGCCAAAUUUAUCUCCUUCAGAAUCUUCUAAAUGGACACCAAAAUACAACAUGUUAGCUAAACGACAAAGUUUUCGUGUUGGUGUGAUAAAUAAUUAUAUAUAUGUCGUUGGCGGCAGUGAUGGUAACAGUAUUUUAAACAGUGCAGAAGUUUUUGACUGCAGAACUCGAGAAUGGUGUACGAUAUGUAAUAUGUCUACUAAAUGA